AUGCAAAUUCCGGUUCCUGAGCCGCAUCUGCGCCGCAUGGAGAACGCUGGGCCGGAAAGCCUGCCAGCCGGGAGUCCGCAGCCAAAAAAGCUGCCCGCACCUUCAACCCCGACGUCGUCAGUCCGGCGCAAGAUGGCUUCCCAUGGCCCUUCGCCCGCCUCCAAAGAUGGCGCCGCUCCUCGUCGGCCCACCGUCUCCAGCACUACUACUGCCACUACAGCUACUGCUCGCCGGCCGGCAGCCCCAGCUCAAACUACCACGACGCGCACCUCGACGAGCGCUGUCAAGCCCCCCACAGCCUCCACCACCCGCGCCAGCGCUGUAGGAGGAUCCAGCCUCAGCAAGCCCCCUACGCGUCCAGCUCCCGGUACUGCUGCGCGUAGAACAAUUUCGUCGUCCAAGACUGCCUCGGACCAAGACCCAGAUCUAUCAUCAGUAACAUCGGGAGAGGAGAGCAAGAAGAAGCCACCAGUGCGCAAGCCGGCUGUCGCGUCUACUGCAGCUGCUCGACCAUCCCCCGGAAAGCCAACAUCUAGGCCUUCGCUCUCGUCUUCGGCUGCGACUGCGACAGCCACCGCAAAGCGACCCUCGACAACGCGCGCUGCUGCAGAUGCAGCAACAACCCGCGCCCCUCGUGCUUCCCUCGGUCCCUCCGCUAGGCCACCAAGCACGCGCCCUACUGCCGCUGCUACCACUGCUUCUGCUGCCGCCGCUGCGCGCACGACAGCUACUGGCCCAAAGGCGCUUGCAGGACAGGCCAAGAAGCUAUCAGUCCCUGCCUUUGCCCCUCCCCCGCCAGCAGCCUCUGAACCCGAGGACACAGCAGAAGAAACCCGCAAUGCCGCCUCCGAUGCAGAAGCCGAGGUGCGCAAAUCUGCCCUUGGACCCGUCAAAGCCGCCCUGGCGAAAUUCGGCGAGAGUUCACCCCGACCGGAUACCGCGCCGACGGGCUCUGCCGAGAUGGAUGUGGAGAUGAAAAGGCGGAGCGCCCAGAUCAUGCAGGACUUCUUCAAGGAAACCAGCCUUCGCGACAAGCUGCAGGAACAGUGCGACGACCUCAGCCGUGAGGUGGACAAUCUACAACUAGAAAAGACCAAACUACGAAGCCAGCUGGCCGAAGCACAGGCAGCCAUCACCGAGAAGGACAGGCUCAUUGCAAACGGCUCCAAUGCUACAUCAUCUUCUGAGCAAAGCGCCCACGAGACCCUGGUCCAAGACAUGGAGAAGAAGUUUGCGAUAGAGACCAAGCAGCUCGAAGAGCAGAGCCAGCAGCUUGAGGUGGAGAAGAAGGCAGCCCAGGAGAGGGAGGCCGCCGAAGCUGCCAAGGCACUCGAACUACAGCAGGUGCUAGACGACUUGAAUGCUGAGCUCGAGCAGCAGGGCCGCCAAUGGGACGACGAAAAGAAGAAACUAGUCGAGCAAGCGACCCAGAUCGAAGAGCUUACACAGGAAGUAGCGACGUUGAAGGAUGAACGCGACAAGCUCUCGCAGGAACUUGACAUUGCCAAGAAGACGUUGGAAAAUCUGGAAACCAAGUUUGCCGAGCUUGAGCAAAGCCAGGCGGAUAACCUUCGUUCGCGUGAUGCUAAGAUCAUCGAGCUUACCAAGACCGUCGAUGAAUACAUGGCCCAGGUGACAAGUAGAGAGGAACAGCACAAGGAAGCUUUGCAAGAAGCACAACAAUCCCUCGAGUCCAAGGCCUCCGAGCAUUUGGCACUCGUCGAGCAACUGCAGACUGAGCUCCAAACCAUCCACCAGCAACACACUGAUGAAUUGCAUGCAAAGGAGCAGAUAAUCGCCACACACACUGAAACCCAGAAGCAACUCCAGGACGACCUUACCAAGCUACAACAGCGUGCAGAUCAGACCUCCGCAGAUCUCGAGAGCGAGCGUAACGAAUACGCUGAACAGCUGCAAGCCAAGAUUGACGAGCUUCAGAAGACUACGGCCGAUCAGCUGCGAGCAAAGGAAGAAGAGCUAUCAGGACAUGUCAAGUCUAUUGAGGAUCUUCAGGAGCAGAUUGUGGCGCUUCAACAAGGGUCGACUGACGGUGCUCAGAUUGCCGAGAAGCUUAACAAGGAAAUCGAGGAGCUGAAAAAUGCGCAUGAUGCCGCUAUCAAGAUCAAGACGGAAGAAAAUGACGAACUUGCCCAGAAGAUAGAUGCUUUGAAUAAUCAACUCACCGCCCAGACUGCCGAAAUGGAGCAACUCAAAGCGGAGGCCGCUGGCUUGCGAAGUACCAUUGAUACACUCGAGACGGCUUCGCAGCAGCUGGACUCGCAACAUGCUUCCGAGAUUGCAAAAAUGCAGACUAACUUGGACGAAGCGAACAAGAAAGCUGAUGGUUACAAGUCUGAGCUUGAUGCGCUACAUGAGAGACACAAACAAGACUUGCGUGUCAUUGGCGAAGAUUACGAGCGCGAAAUCGAAUCCCUGAGAGCGGAUCUUGAAGGGGAUGCAACAAGGCGAUUGAACACUUUGCAGGCCGACUUCGAUUCCCUUGUCGCUGAGAAGAAUGGAAACUCCGAGCAACAUGAGAAAGCACUUUCGGAGCGAUCUCAAGAAAUUGAGGCUCUCAAGCAGGAAAUCAAUGACCUUCGAGACAGUUCUGCCUCUGCAACCCGCAACUGCGAUGACGCUCUCGCGAAGCUCAAGCACACCGAAGACGAACUGGCCGCUUUGAAAGAAGCCCACAGCAUCUCGCAGGGAUUGGUCGUGGAUCUCCAAGCACGCGUUGAUACCAUGAGCAAGGACCUUGCCACCAGCGGAGAUCUGCAGGCCAAACUGGACGCGUUACAAGAAGAGAAAGAUGCUACGGCAGAUGCUCACGCCAAGUCUCAGUCUAUCAUUGUUGACCUGCAAGCCCGCCACGACUCCUUGUUGGAAGAGAAGACGCUCGCGGAGGAUUCUCAUGCUCGUGCCAUCGAAUCCCUUAAGCAAGACUCUGAAAGCGAGUCAAAGCAGUUGCUUGCAGAGCUGCAAUCAAAGUAUGACACUCUCAUUCAAGAGAAGAAAUCAGCGGAAGAUGGACAUCGCUCUGCCGUUGAAACUCUGAAGCAAGAAUCCGAAACUAAGUUGAGGCACUCCCUUGAGGAACUCGAAUCCAAGUACAAUCUGCUGGUGGAGGAGAAGGGUGCAAUGGAAACUGCGCACAAAGAUGCUCUGGAGGCCUCUAAAUCACAGUCAGAAAGCGCAUCUAAGCAACUACUGAACGACCUUCAGGCCAAAUACGACUCGCUGCUUGAAGAGAAGAGUACCAUGGAAAACACCCACUUGCAGACGCUACGGGCUUUGGAAGCCGAUUCAGAGCAAUCUACUAAGUCAGCCCUGGCGGAGCUUCAAUCCAAGUAUGACACACUGGCGCAAGAGAAGGCUGCCGCCGAUACUACGUCGAAACAGCUCCUUGAUGAGCUGCAAGCCAAGUAUGAUAAGCUCCAGGUAGACUUGAAGACCACUUCGGAGGUUUUGAGUAAUCUCCAGACGAGAUACGAUGUUGUCACCCAAGAGCGAGGUAGCGAUGAUGAAGCCCAAAAGGCAGAAAUCCAGAACCUCCAGAGCCAACGGGAUGAUCUAUCUGCACGGCUUGCGGAACUUGAGAAGUCUCAUGCAGAGAGCCUUGCUAAACAGCUGGCAGCCGAGGAAAGUCAUGCCAAGGCGCUUGAGGCUCAGCAUGUAGAAAUCGAGCAGAAAUACGCAGCCUUACUAGAGAUUAUGCAAAACGACACCGAGCGAUUGGAACAAGAAAGGGCAGCAGCACUUGCAGGCAAACAAGCUGCGCUUAAUGAGCUCGCAUCCAUGAAGGAGCAGUCUGGUUCGUCGUCAAACGCUGAAAUUGCAAGCAAGUACGAAGCUCUACUGGCCGAGAAGACCGCUGCCGACAAAGAACAUGAGGAUGCUGUUGCCUUACUCAAAGAUUCUCUGAAGGCAGAUUACGAGCAGGCUCUAUCCAAGUUGCAGUUGGAGUGCGAUAAGUUGCAGCAAAAGAUUGCAGAGACGGACCAAGCGCACAGUGAUGCGAUGGAGUUGUUGAAAAAGGAAUUUAAAGCCGGACACUCGAACGACAUGCAGGCUCUGCGGAAUCAGCUCGAGGCUGUGCAGAAACAGCAUCAAGAUCUUAACGAGCAAAAGACGUCAAUGGACCAGGCUCACGAGGAGGCCAUUGCUGAGUUGAUGGCGGGCAUGGAGGCUAGCACGUCAGAAGCUCUACGAGAACUCCGCAAGAAAUAUGAUGACCUUUCGUUGGAGUUGGAAGAAGCACAUUUCAAUCACUCUGCUGCACUUGAAGCCGCCAAAAAGGAAGCAACCCAACAACGAGACAUGUACUGGGACUCUCAGCUUCAGGAGAAGCUCAAGGCUGAUGCUGCUGCCGAAAGCUCCAACAUGUUAGCCCUUGGAGAAAAGAUCCGCGCAAUCGAACGUGAGCGCGAUGAAGCCAUCAGGGCUGCUGAGGAAGCCGAAGACCGCAUUGAAACCAUGAAGGGUGAAGUCGUGCGCAAGCACCUGGCCCGUGUCGAACCACUGGAGAAAGAGAACUUACAACUCCUCGAUAAGAUUGACCGCCUCGAAGCAAUGCUUGCUGCCGGCGACAGGAUUGCUCGUGCUGCUGCCAGCUUGGGUGAGCAGCGGGACAUGAUCACUUUGGCAGAAGAGGAAGAGGAGGAAGACAACGGCAGAGGCGCUAUGUCUGGUACUCAGCGCCACACAACCAACGGCACUGGUCCUGCAAGAGAUGUUGUCGGUACUCAGUUGGCGGCCAUGCAAGAGACGUUAAGCCAGCUCGCUGAACUCAAUAAUGACGCGAUUGCAGAAAGCACCAGGACAGCCCAACUGCUUACUACGGAGCAUACCGGCCCAGACGAGCUUCCCCACCCCACCCACUUCCUAAUGGACUUGAUGGACUAA